AUGGCUGCAGCGAUAGCCAGCUCCUUGAUCCGGCAGAAGCGACAGGCGAGGGAGUCCAACAGCGACCGGGUGUCGGCCUCCAAGCGCCGUUCCAGCCCCAGCAAAGACGGGCGCUCCCUGUGCGAGAGGCACGUCCUCGGGGUAUUCAGCAAAGUGCGCUUCUGCAGCGGCCGCAAGAGGCCAGUGAGGAGGAGACCAGAACCCCAGCUGAAAGGAAUUGUGACAAGGUUAUUCAGUCAGCAGGGAUAUUUCCUGCAGAUGCACCCAGAUGGUACCAUCGAUGGGACCAAGGACGAAAACAGUGACUACACCCUCUUCAAUCUAAUCCCUGUGGGCCUGCGUGUGGUGGCCAUCCAAGGGGUGAAGGCCAGCCUCUAUGUGGCCAUGAAUGGUGAAGGCUAUCUCUACAGCUCAGAUGUUUUCACUCCAGAAUGCAAAUUUAAGGAAUCUGUGUUUGAAAACUACUAUGUGAUCUAUUCUUCCACACUGUACCGUCAGCAAGAAUCAGGCCGAGCUUGGUUUUUGGGACUCAAUAAGGAAGGUCAGAUUAUGAAGGGGAACAGAGUGAAGAAAACCAAGCCCUCAUCACAUUUUGUACCAAAACCUAUUGAAGUGUGUAUGUACCGAGAGCCAUCACUACAUGAAAUUGGAGAAAAACAAGGCCGUUCAAGGAAAAGUUCUGGAACACCGACCAUGAAUGGAGGCAAAGUUGUGAAUCAAGAGUCAACAUAGCUGAGAACUCUUCCCUUCGUCCCUCUUUCAUCCCUUCCCUUUCUCCCCCUGCCCUUUACCCAUUUCCUUCCAAUAAAUCUACCCAAGGAGAGGAAAAUAAAAUGACAACCCAGGACCUAGUGGCUAAGAUUCUG